UGCCUCAUAAGAUCAUGGACUUUUGAUCGGAUUCUACCUCUGAUCAGUGCUUCUCAGGUUUUACCUCAGGAGAAGAAGCAAAUAUGUCUGUGAAAAAUAGUCUGCAAGUCUGGGAUUAUGUUGUGUUUGCCACUAUGCUCGUUGCAUCUGCCGCAAUAGGGAUUUACUUUGCCUUUAGGCCUGGGAGGAUAAAGGGAAAAACUACAGAAGAAUUCCUAAUAGGGAGCAGACAAAUUUCUGCAUAUCCAAUUGCGCUUUCAUUGGCUGCUAGCUUCUUAUCUGCUAUAACUGUGAUUGGAGGUCCUGCAGAGGUAUACAUAUAUGGGAUAAUGGUUCUGCUGUACAACUUUGCUGCAUUCCUUACAAUUAUACUCACUUGCCUGAUCUACAUUCCUCUUUUCUACAGAUUAAACAUAAUUAGCACAUAUGAGUACAUCAGCAGAAGAUUUGGUUUAGCAGUGAAGUAUCAAGUUGUUUCUUGCUUCUUGCUAUACAUGUUCAUUUAUCUUGGCAUUGCUACCUAUACGCCUGCAAUAGCACUCAGUGAAGUUACUGGGAUCAACUUGUGGAUUUCCAUCAUCACCACGGGUUGUGUGUGCACAUUAUAUACAACACUAGGUGGUAUUAAAGCUGUUGUCUGGACAGACGUGCUACAAAUCUGCAUAAUGGUAGCUGGCCUCCUUGCUUUGCUGAUUCAGGGAUUAAUUAAGGUUGGAGGGAUUGGAAAGGUUUGGAGAACUGCAGAACGUGGUGGGCGCCUAAAUUUUUUUGACUUUGAUCCUGAUCCGAGGAAAAGACAUACAUUUUGGAGCACAGUACUAGGAGGCACAUUUGUAUGGGUUGCAUUAUACAGUUCCAACCAAGCUCAGGUACAAAGAUACCUGGCCUGCAAGAGUGAGAAAGAGGCAAAAAAGGCAAUAUUGCUAAACUGGUUUGGUAUGCUUGGAGUAACCAUUACGGCUUGUAUGUGCGGUUUAAUCAUGUAUGCAGUUUACGAAACUUGUGAUCCAUUGAAGGCAAAAAGAGUCAGCAAUAGUAACCAGCUUACACCACUUCUGGUUUUGGAUAUCUUGUCUCACAUGCCUGGAGUUCCUGGGCUUUUUAUUGCCAGUGCCUUUAGUGGCACUUUGAGCACAAUCUCCUCGGGCAUCAAUGCUAUGACUGCAGUCUUGGUGGAAGAUAUUAUAAAACCAAACUGGAGAUCAUGGGACCAUCUUUCUGAUGAUAGGAAGACACUGAUCUCAAAGUUUCUAGCUAUGGCAUUCGGGGUUUUGACAAUGCUUCUUGCAGGCUUAACUUCUCUCUUAGAUGAAAAUGUAAUGCAGCUAAUCCGAAGUAUUGAUGGACUAUUCCUAGGACCUCUGUUGGGUAUAUUCACUUUAGCAGCUUUAUUUCCAAAUGCCAAUAGCAAGGGAGCAUUUGUGGCUAUGCUGUUUAGUUCUGCCUUGAAUUUGCUUUUGGGAAUUGGCUCCCAGGUGUACCCACCUACUGCGAAAUUUACAAAGAAGCUGGAGACAUCAGGAGCGGGUUGCCAUCUUUUUAAUAUCACUAUAUCAAGCUCCACCAAUGUGACAUCUUUACUCACAACCAUAGAAACACCUGCAGCACCAAAUAAAACGAACAGCCUAUUUGAAGAUAUAUUUUCCAUAUCCUAUGGAUACUACACCCCACUUGGAUGCCUAACUGCAGUUAUGAUAGGUUUGCUAGUCAGUAUGGUUACUGGAGGAGCUAAAGACAUCGAUAAGACUCUUAUUGCUCCUAUAGUCCAUACCAUUCACAAGUUCAUAUCCAAAAAGGAGCAAGCUGCACCAGUGCCUGAAUCUGGUAUACAGCUAUUGGAAACCACUCCUGAAAAGUUCUCCAAUACCGAUCGUCAUCCUUCUAAUUUGCAGAGUGAAAAGUUCCUUACUCCAUCCCCUGGUAACUGAAUAAGUAUUGAAAAAAAAACGAACUAUUAGUGGUGGUUAAAGAUUGAAUUUUCGUAGAAACAUUAAGAUGCAAGAUGUGGAAUUUUCUCAGAAACAAUCCUUGUCAGAAUACAAUUAUCUAUAAAUUGAUUAAAACUUGUUGGAAACUUGCUAAAUUUAUAGAAAAUAAUUGAUCAUUUUCAAUUUACAAUGAUGUAAUAUUUAAUCUUUAUUAGUCAAUAACUUUCUCAAAAUAUUACCCCAUGAUUCUUUAUGAAAACCAAAAUGUCUUUUCGUUAUAUAGUUUGUGAAAUUUUUCAUCAUGUGUGCGAUUCUUAUUCCUGACUCGCAAGUUGCAACAGUAAUUUUGCAUUCCAUAUUGGACAUAAAUAAGAAUGUAAACUGAAAUAAAUGACCCUCUAUGUUGGAGUAUUAAUAUCAUGGCGAUAUAAACAAAAUAAUGACAACUCAAUGAUAACCAGCAUUUAAUUUGAACAGAGUUGGAUUGUAACAGUCGCAACCCUAUUUUUACCUCUUUUGUUGUUCCAGUAUGACUAAAAACCAAUCAUCUAUUGUAUGAUUGAUGUCUGCCUUUUGAUAUGAACUGUGCUAUGUGUUUCUAUACAACCAACUUAAUAUUAUUUCAAUUUGCAAUAACAACAUAACAUGAAAUUAUGACAUUGUUGAUAGUGAGAGCUGGCCUACUCUAUCUUAAAUAUAAACGUGUGAAAGCCAAACGUAAGAUCAUAGUCAUGUCCUAUAGGAUAUAAGCUCCAACUAAAUACUGACUCCAUCAUUUGGGUUCUCUUUUCAUAGUCCUCAAAAUGGUUAGCCGGGAUUGGUAGAAUCAAUAUUGAAGUAAUUAAAACAUGAAUACUUUAAAAAUGGGGUGAAUAUUGAGUUCUGUUCUUGUAAAAUAUCAAUCUCACUAAUAGGUGCAAGAACUUGCAAGUAUUCAUAAAUCAACAUGUAAUUAGUUAUUGGGGAAUGUUUCAAAAGAUAUAUAUGUGCAAUUUCUGAUAUUUUACAUAAUUUGCAAGCAUUAGAUUGAAAGAAAUGUUAGUUGUUUCAUACAAAUGGUGCAAUCUGUGAAGAGAACAUAAGAAAGGCAAAAUUGAUUUUAACCUUGGUUAAGCCAGAUGAAAUUUAAGAUGCUGGAAUAAAAAUUCUGCGGAUUUGGUGCAGCAAAUACCAAUGCUAGUGCAUUCACUUUUUAGAGUUUCUGAUGUAGCAAGCCUAAUGUUAUAAUUCAGUCAUAAGGUUGAAGUCCUGGGUCAACUCUACAUGAUUAUUUCAAAGAAAUUCAAACAAUUUCAAAGCAUUCGCACCAUCUCAGACUGAAAUGACUGAAUAAUCAUUCUCUUCACAAAAUAACCACACAACCAAAUAUCAUUUGUUCCGCAACGCAAGCUGCAAAACCAGUUUACCUCAUCACAACUAAUGUAAGAUUGUCUUCCAGUUCAGAGAAUAAUGGCACUUGUUGCAUAUUGUUAUUCACCAAAUCAAUUCUACUUUAGAGAUGUCUGUCUAUUUCUCUGAAUUAAUACACUGGGGCUUCUCGAUAUCAAUCUUUAUUCCAGUUUAUCAUGAUCAUUAGUUUAAAAUUGGAUAUAGAGUCCCUCAAAUUCUAAGAGACAGAACCAAAGUUGAACAGACCAAAGACUUGGUUCAUCCUUUUUAGUGCAAGGCCUACUGUUGUAUGUGCCCAUCAGUAUCAGUACAGUGAGUGACUAAACCAGAAACUUCACAACCAGAAAGGAGACCUCCGCCUGGGGGAAACUGGCAUGCUAUCCCAGUUUAAUUAUUUUGUAACUGACACGUAUCAGCUUUCUGUUUUGGAUUGAAUUGUUUUUGAUUAGAUUUGAAUUUGCUGUUAAAUACAUUGGUCAUUCAUGUGACCUUAUAUGUUGAUCAAUGAAUAUAUUCCUGCAAAUAAAUAACUUCA